AUGGACGUCGACUUUGACUCGCUCGAGGCGCGCGACUCGGACGUCGCCAGCUCGGCCGCCCACCCGGAAACGGCGCGCCUCCUGUCGGAGCUCGACCGCCGACAGCUCGCCCGCAAGAUCGCCCUCCCGACCAACGACGGCGAGGUGCGCGCCCGCCUGCGCGAGCUCGACCAGCCCAUCACGCUCUUUGGCGAGGGCCCCGCCGACAGGCGAGACCGCCUGCGCGACCUGAUCGCCAAAGCGCGACUCGAGCGGGGCGAGGCGAUGGACGUCGAGGAGGAGGAGGAGAGCGACAGCGAGUCCGAGGAGAGCGAGAAGGAGGAGGAGUUUUACACCGAGGGCCCGACGGCGCUCAAGGCCGCACGUCGCGACAUUGCCGAGUACUCGCUGCCGAGGGCAAGGAAACGUCUCGCACGCCAACGUUUCGACGCCGGCGUCCCGCUCGCCCGCCUCAUGGACGUCCGCAAGGCCGUCUUCUCGAACCUGUCGACGUUCACCAACCUCGGCUCGCAGAUCGGCGACACGCGCGCCGUGUCGGCGGUCCGGUUCUCGCCCGACUCGAAGAUGCUCUUGACGGGCUCGUGGACGGGGCAGGCCAAGCUGUGGAGCGUGCCGAGCUGCAAGGAGGUCCGGGUCCUGAGGGCGCACAAGGAGCGGAUAGGUGGCGUUGCGUGGCACCCAGAAGCGACGCUGUCGCAGAGCUCGAGCGCGGUCAACUUUGCGACGAGCGGCGCCGACAACGACAUCAAGCUGUGGAACCUCGACGACGACACGUCGUUGCGCACCCUGUCGGGCCACGAGUCGCGCGUGUGCCGCGUCAACUUCCACCCGUCGGGUCGGUACCUCGGCUCGGCGUCGUACGACGGCACGUGGCGCCUGUGGGACGUCGAGCGCGGCGACGAGCUCCUCCUCCAGGAGGGGCACAGCAAGGAGGUGUACGCCAUCGCGUUCCAGCAGGACGGCGCGCUCGUUGCAUCUGGAGGGCUCGACGCUAUUGCGCGCGUGUGGGACCUGCGGUCGGGCCGGACGGCGCUCGUCCUGUCGGGCCACAGCCGCGACAUCCUCUCGAUCGACUUUUCGCCCAACGGGUACCAAGUCGCGACGGGCUCGAACGACGACACGAUCCGGAUCUGGGACCUGCGCAUGCACCAGGCGAUCGCGACCAUCCCGGGCCACAAGAGCGCCAUCUCGGACGUCAAGUUCUUUUCGGCGCCGGCAGCGCGCGACGCCGAGCGCUACCCGGUCACCGAGACGCCGAGGGCGUUCGCCGGCAUGGACGAGUUCAACGGCGCGAGCGGUGCUGCGGUCAAGAGCGAGGGUGCGGGCGAGGGCGAGAGCGAGCCCGAUUUCCCGACGUCGGGCUCGUUCCUCGUCUCGAGCGGGUUCGACGGCUACGUCAAGGUGUGGAGCGCCGACGACUGGCAGCAGGUGCGCGCCAUGGCCAACGACCAGGCGGGCAAGGUCAUGAGCGUCGACGUGUCGAGCGACGCUCGGUUCAUCGCGGCGGGCCAGUACGACAAGACGUUCAAGCUGUACUCGGACCCGAACGUCGACCUUGCGUAGCUCGAGGAGGAUGAGCCCGUCUGGGAAAACAAGUCCGCCAGGACGGCCAUGACCUUCUCUCUCUC